AUGCAGUUCAUCGGAGUCACCGCCAUCCUCUUCGCCGCUGCGGCGUCUGCCACCUCCGUUAGCUACGACCUUGGCUACGACGAGGGCGGACGUGCUAUGACUGCUGUCGCUUGUUCCGACGGCCCCAACGGCAUGAUCACCAAGGGAUACUCCACUCAAGGCUCAAUCCCAGGCUUCCCCAACAUCGGCGCUUCCUCAGACAUUCCCGGCUGGAAUAGCGAUCAGUGCGGCCAAUGCUUCUCUCUCUCCUACAACGGCGGUGCACCCCUCUACGCCGUCGCCAUCGAUCACGCGGCUAAUGGCUGGGUCCUUUCCAAGGCUGCCAUGAACAAGCUCACCAACAAUCAGGCGGACUUUCUUGGAAGAGUGGAGGCUACCGUUUCGAAGGUUGGUGUCGACAAGUGUGGCUUGACACCAUCCAAGCGUGCCAUCACCUUCAACGCAUGA